UUCUCUAAGGAGGUUAGUCCAAAUUCUUGCCUUGAUAUCUGGGAACCCUGCAAUUGCUUCACAUCUAGUUACUUGACAUUUGCCAUUCUCCCACUUUCAACCGGUCUUCUCUCUCUAGGUACUUUAUGGUUCAUCAUCUCUUAGCAUGACUCCCAUGGAAAUCAUCACCUAAUCACUGCCACACUUCUUCUAUUUAUCCCACCAGUACCUCUCCUUUUCUUUCUUCAGUAAGUACUCUCCAACCUCCCGCUGGUUCUUCCAAAAAGCUCAGCCUGCUCUUUGUGUAUUACCCAUCUUUGAGCACAAAUGGCAACCAUCUUCCCUGAUCUCUCACUGCACAUCAGUCCACCAUCGAUCUCCGUGGAUGGAGCCUCGAUGAUGGGGGUUUCAUUUGGGGACCAGAAUUCCGCAGCGUCGGGUAGCAGCGAGAGCGACAUGAGCCAUGAUCAACCCUCCUCCUUGAGCUGCGACCAGGGCCGGGAGGCUAGCCGUGGUGAGCCGACGCUGACCCUAGGGAUCGAGGUGCCACUCACUGGUUCCCGUGACAGCCGCCACCACCACCACCAUCAACAUCAUCCUCAGGUCUUUGGAUUCAAGCGGAAUCCGCGAUCCAGCCACGGAAGAAGCAGGAGCAGUAGGGCUCCCAGAAUGAGGUGGACAACCGCCCUCCACGCUCAUUUCGUUCAUGCGGUGGAGCUCCUCGGCGGCCAUGAGAGAGCUACACCGAAAUCAGUUUUGGAGCUGAUGAACGUGAAGGAUCUAACGCUGGCUCAUGUAAAGAGCCAUCUGCAGAUGUAUAGAACAGUGAAGAGCAGUGAUAGAGGAGGAGGAGGAGGUGGUGGUGGAGGAGGAGGGGCAGGCCAAGGUCAGGCAGAUAUGGGCAUGAACCAGAGGACAAGGGUGGAGGAAGUGGAGGGAGGACUGCCAUGUGAUAAAGCUGGGAAUGAGAUCACCCCUUCUCACAAUUCCUUCACCAUGCCAACUCCACCAACGCCACUACUCAACUCACCAAGCUUGCUGUAUCCAUCCGCAGAAAGGAAAGCUUGGAACACAUCAACCAACCAAAAUGCAGUGUCACCAUAUCCCUACUUCAGCAGUGAUCAUUUACUCGACAGUGACACUCAGGCAAUGGUGGAAGACCAACAGGAAGCACUCAUUGGGUCGAACUUAGAUGCACCAAACUCCAUGCUCGCUGCUGCUGCUGCUGCUGAUGAUGAUGAUGGUCUUACAGCAUUGACGACGAAGACGCCCAACCUUGAGAUCACCUUAGGCCGCCAGAGUUGGCAAAAGGAGAACGCAGAAGCUUCCUGCGAGAUGAGGCUCAAGUGUUUGUGAUAAGCCUUGUGGGAUUCAGAGAGAAGUGUGUUCUUUUGGUUGCAUCUUGUUCUUCCCCCCCACUCUCAAGUUUUGCUUGGAUUGAUGCCAUGAGCCACAGCAAAGACAAAUAUGUUUGGCGAGUCAUAUACACUGGCAGCAUUGUACAUGUAAAAUCUGGUCAAUCUUUCGGACAGAAUCUGGCUGGGAAUGAAGCCGAUCAAGGUGUGCUGUGUAUGCUUUUGUGAGAGUUCUAUGAGACCAGUCCAAAUCUAAUAUAACAUUCUAAAUUUA